AUGAAACCAGAAUCAGUGGAACCAGAUGGUUCCAAUGCCACCUUCACCAUCUUUGGAGUGAAAAGGCGUCAAGGAGGGAGAUACCGCUGCAGAUACAAACCCCCAUCGGGGUUUUUCAUCUCAAACACAAGUGAUGACUUGGAACUCUUUGUCGCAGAUCCUUAUUAUGAGAAACCUACCCUCUCCCUGCAGCCCAUGGAGGUGGCUGUCCUUGGAGGAAAUGUCACUUUCCACUGCAGGAGCCGUUACAGUGCAAAAGGCUUCUGUUUCCUAAUGUCUGCAUAUACUACUACUCCCCUUUCCAUGGUGAUUGCAUCAGAGGAUAAUUUCUUCAUCAUCAGAAAUGCAAGCUGGGAAUACAGAGGGAAGUUUUACUGUAGAUGCCGCCACACAGAAUUUACUUAUGUGUUGUCGGAGCCCAGUAAUAGUGUGGCGUUGCUGAUUGCAGCUCCUGAUCUUGCCAGGCCCAAAAUAUCUGUGAUCCCCAGCAGGAUGGCAGUUCUGGGAAGCAGCAUCACCAUUCAAUGCUGGGUGGAAGGUCCAAGCUGGAGCUUUUCUCUUCAUAAGACUGGAGGUAAAGCAACAUCCCAGUUGAUGAAGCCAGGUGGAGGCACGGCCAGGUUCUUCAUCAGCAGUGUGAGCCAGGAUGAUGGAGGGAGCUACACUUGCAGCUAUAGACCCCCAACAGGCGAAUUCAUCUCCUCAGAGACCAGUGAUGUUCUGGAGCUGUUCGUAUUAGAUCCCAACAGACCAACCAUCUUCCUGAGCCCCACUGGACAGAUCACCUUUGGUGAAAAUGCCACUUUCCAUUGCCAAACCCCCCAAAAGGCUGUGAGGUUCUACCUCAAAAAGGCUGGAGACCAGAUGUCCCAGGAGCUCAUGAAGACCAAUGAGACCCUGGCCAAGCUCACCAUCAGCAAUGUGAACUGGAAGAGUGGAGGGAGAUACAGCUGUAGGUAUGGUCUCAGCUUGAAUCCCUUUUUCAUCUCCAAGCCCAGUGAACCCGUGGAGCUGCUCAUCACCGAUCCUGAUCUACCCAGGCCCAACAUCUCCCUGAACUCUGAUUGGGUGGCAGUUCUGGGGAGCAACGUUACCAUUCAGUGCUGGGCCAAAGGGCCAAUCCAGGUGUUUUAUCUUCAUAAGCCUAGAGGUCAAAUUAUAUCACAUUUAGCAGUGCCAGAGGGGGAUGCAGAGAAGUUCAUCAUCAGCCGUGUGGUCCUGGAGGACAGAGGAAGCUACCGCUGCAGCUACAGACCAUCAACAGAGCUUUUCACUGCCUCAGAAACCAGCUAUGAUGAUGUGAAACUGUUGGUAUUAGAUCCCAGCUUACCCAGGCCUGCCAUCUCCAUUAGCCCCAGUGGGUCUGUUAUCCUUGGAGAACGAGUCUCUAUCUAUUGUAGGAUUCAAGAUGGUCCUGCCAACUUCUAUCUACAUAAGGUUGGCGACCCCACUGUAAAGUGGCACAUGAAGCCUGAUUUUGAUGUAGGGGAGCUUUCCAUUAGUAACGUCAGCUGGGAGCACCAAGGAAUCUAUAUGUGCAGCUAUGCAUUUGAGGAAAGACCUUUUCUGUUCUCAGCUCCCAGUGAGCCCUUGGAGCUUCUGGUAUCAGAUUACAGCCAAAUCAACACCAUCCGUUUUGCUAUAGGAGGUCUGAUCCUUCUCCUCCUCGCAUGUAUUAUCAGUACUUUGAGGAUUUGAGGCAAAGCUGAGCCCCCAUUUCGUGAGAGCUUAUCUUCCCAGGAGAACAGCUGAGGCUGGGAGCUUCACAGGACCACUUCCUUCCCUUCAGCUCCUAUACCACCCUCUAUCUGUGGCAUAGAUUCAGCCAACACCACCGGAGACUUCCCACCCCACCAUCUCAGCUGCUGAGUGCUAUCCCUUGCACUGCGCCUUAAGUCCAGAAGUGCUUUUUAUGUGCUUUCCGUUUUGCAGUAUUCAUAACUGAGGUUAUUUUAUUUCUGUUGGGUUAAUGUAAAGGGGGAUUAAAAAGAAAAGGUCUGA